CUGAGCCAUCAUUCGCUUCAAAACUUCAUCGCCACGUGCGGUGCAGUUUAAUAUUUUUCUUUGAAAAUAACCAAAAGCAUCUCUGAAAAUGGGGAAAUUUAGAUCUAAGCUGAAAGGUAAAACCAAAGGCAAAAGAUGGAACAAGGGCCAUUCCUCGGAUUCCAAUCCAAAGACCCAAAAGUACAGGGAAAUGGCCAAAUCCCGGUUCUUUCAAGAAAAUUUGGGAAACACGGGUUUAACUCAGCAGGCGGUCUCAAAGCACGAUGCCAUGAUCACCUACGGGCACUCAAAGGGCAAGCAAAAGUCCGAAGCUGAAACAGAGCUGUCCAUUGCGAAGGAAUUUGAGAGCAUGUCCGUGAGAUCUGGCGAAGAUGACUCGGAGAGCCAGUACUCGGGUUCUAUGAAGUCUGGGACUUAUAAGACUUUUCAGACAUUUGCUUCUGAUUGGAGCCAGUGCUCUAAUGUUAGCUUUAGCAAGCUGCUAAGCCGGUUUGACUCAAACAACUCUAUCCACAAGGAGAUGUUGGCCGUAUUGGCAGCCGUCACUGAAGUGAUCAAAGAACAAGGUGGAGAGGAAACUUGUACGGAAUACUUUGCUGCUCUGAUGGAAACCCUAAAAGUAGCUGAAGACGACAACCUAGUUGCCACUUUAUCCCUUCUCUCCAUGGGCAUAAAGUCCGUCGCUCAAGCAGUCCUCCGAAAACAAUUCUCCGACUCCGCCACCACAUUCACAGAGAUCCUGGAGAAGCAUGCUCAAUCAGAGAACGGAACACUGUUACGUAGUGCUAUUGGAUGCUUGUCGGUGCUGCUGAGGGCUCAGGAGUAUGCGUCGUGGAGUGAUUCUUCUACGAUGAGGGUCUUUGAUAAUGUGCUGGCGUUUGUGCUGCAUUCUAAGCCUAAGGUACGAAAAGCAGGGCAGCACGCAGUGACUGCUAUUCUACGCGGGAGUUGUUUCAUGAUUCCCACUGACGAUGACCAAACAAAGGUCCCCAAAGUGCACCCGGCCUCCAACCGCGUAGCAGAGUUCUGUCAGUCCCAGAUCCAAGCGGAAGCCCUGUUGUCGGGACACAGGACUGUGCUACACACACUCACUAUGCUGAGGGAUGUAUUGCCUGUCUUUAGCAAGGAGUAUAUUAAGUCUGUCUGCGAGUCCAUUCUCUCCCUGAUGACGCAUAAUAAUGUGUACAUAAAGACGUGCUGCCUUCAUACACUACACGCCUUAUUCGCGGCUCCACCCGCCUCUUCUAACGCGCCUCCAAGUCUCGCGGCACAACUUAUCAGGGCUCUGAUGGCGGCUCGUCCACCAGCGAACGACACUGGACAAGUCUUGGCUUGGGCGGCGGUCAUGCAGCAAGGAUACGGAUGUUUGGCUGCUCUGGACUUGAACCUGUGUAUACCCAACCUGCCUGCGUUUGUGACCAUCUGCGUCACUGAAUUAUGGCAGUCAGAUGUGCCUGAAAUCAAUGCUGCAUCUACCAAUGCGCUUAAGGCAAUUCUACAAGAUUGCGUGAAGGCAGCCGUGGAGUCCGAGCUAUUCGUGAAAUACAAGCCUCACGUGGAAAAUAUCUUCAAAACCAUCGGCACUGGGCUGGACAAUCCAUUCAACCAGGCUAUUAAACAUGUUAUCAUGACUAUUGCUGCCUGUUUUGAGAUUGGAAACGAAAACGUAGUCUAUAUUCUCGGACCCCUCCUGAAGAAACUAAACGAACGCCGGGAAAGCCACAAUUUCCACAACGAACGAGAAGUGGAACACGCCACCGGUUGCGCUGUCAAAUCCUUAGGCCCAGAAUUCGUACUCACACACAUACCUCUACGAAACGGACCCGAAAAUAUUAAUCUAGAUAGGAGUUGGCUACUACCAGUUUUGAAAGAAAAAAUCACACACUCGAACCUAAAAUUCUUCGCUACAGACAUUCUAGAAAUGGCCACAUUCUGCAGGAAGCGCGCCAGAGAAUGCGUUCAAGAGAAAAACAUAGCCCUUUCACAUACUUUCGAUUUACUUUGCAAUCAAUUCUGGUCUUUGUUGCCUAGCUUCUGUAACAGUCCUAAGGAUGUUAAAGACUGUUUUAAGGUCAUGGCUAGGGUUUUAGGUAAUGUUUUGAAGGAUAACCCUGAAUUCAGGUUGCCUGUGAUGCAGGGGCUGAGGAAGUUGAUUGUGAACGCGGAUAAUGAUGAAGAUAGGGCGGAGUUGGGGAGGUUCGCUAAGAAUUAUUUGCCGAUUUUGUUGAAUAUUUAUAUGUCGCCCGCGAAGGGGAGUAUGGCGGAGGGGCAGAGGCUGGCGGCAUUGGAGACGAUACAGGUAUACCUAACAAUAAGCGACCAAUCACUCCGGGAAGAACUAUUCAAAAACUCCGUCCAACAACUAGAUACCUCAACUGACAACCAUUUCCAACGAGAAUCCAUACUCGACAUAGUUCGUCUGCUCGUCCUAUACCAAAACAGCGAACGUAUCACACUCCUAUUCGACACAUGGGUAUACCCAUUAUGCGAAACCGUAUUAGAAAACCCUAAAAAACAUAAGAAAGCUAAAAAACAAAAAACAGAAUCCAUGGAAGAAGAUACGGAACAGAAACCGACUUUGAAAUAUAAAGAGAAGGUUAAGUUAGUGGAAAUGGAGCAUAAGAAAGCGUAUAGGAUUUUGGAGGAGAUAUUUAAGAGUGAGGAGGAGAGUUGUAAGGAGUUUUUGAGGAGUAAUAGUAAGAAGAUAAGGAAGAUGUUGAUGAAUUCGUUGAGUAAGGUUGCGGAUAGCAGUAAGGCUGCUAGAUUAAGAUGCAUAGAGCACCUAAUCAACUCAUCACCCGGCCUGACAGCAGAAAGCAAGCUACUAAAGAGUGCUGUAGCCGAAUCCGUGAUUUGUACGAGAGACAUCAACUCCAAAUGUCGGCAGUGUGCGUUCAACCUUAUCAAUAGUAUUGGAGACGUACUGAAAACACAAGAAGGAGGAAUGCGCAUCUUCCUAGACCUAAUUCUCUCUGGCCUGACCGCCCCUCUAACCCGCAUCGUGAGCGCCACCCUUAGGGCUCUCGCAUCAGCUCUGUUCCAUCUCUCCGAGGAUAUGUCUUUAGAAAUGGUUCAGGAGUUACUGGAGACAGCGGCAGCUCAAAUCAUGUCAGGGAACAGGGAAAUCGCCGCUGCCGCCUUGAGCUUUUUAAAGGUAUACACCAAAGUCCUUCCAACAGACGUCCUCGCAGGUUCUCUCCCCAUCAUCAUCAAAACCCUCUCAUCCAUGCCCGAAGACUGCAAACGGCAUUCCCGUCUAGAAAUAGGAUAUUUCCUGACCAGGAUGAUCAGGAAAUAUGGGGCCGAUACCGUGGAGAAGCUGAUACCCCAGGAGGAUGAGGUCAUGUUCAGGAGGCUGAGGAAUUUGAGGAAGCUGGAUAAUAGGAAGAAGAGGGCUAAGGAUAGUCAGAAGGACCAAGCCGAGUCCGAAGACGAUCUCGACGAAAUCCGCGGCACAUCUAAGACCCUCGAAGACAUCCUCAAGGACUCGGACUCCGAAAUGGAGCUCAUGGAAGAAGAUGAGAGGCCUAAAGCCAAGACCAAGGCCAAGGGCAAGAAGAGCCAGGCCUGGAUACAGGACGAUCCGGAGAAUAUCGUGGACUUGGCUGAUGUUUCGGCCUCUAGGAAGAUAACAGCAACGGACCCAUCUCAAAAGAAGAGGCAGAUAGAGGUGAAACAGAAGAAAAAAGAUGGCGGAUUCAAGAUGGCGCCCGACGGACGACUUAUCAUCACCGAUGACGCGUUUGAUGGUGAUGAUGAUGAUGAACCAGCUAGACCGAGCGGUGAAGUUGACAGUGACACUGAUGACACCGACAAUGAAGAAAAGGACACAAAAUCGAAACUGCUCAAGCCUGGCACUAAGCGAAAAUUCGAUGAUAUACUCAGCAUCAAGAGUGGAAAGUCGAACAGGAGCAAAGCUUCCACUUUGGCUGUUGGAUCUAAGUAUAAGGCCGGAGGAAAGGGUAUUCACAGACCGCUAGACUCAGCGGCAUCAGUAGCGUCCGGCGCGGGCACAGAAUACAGAUCUAAGAAGGCGAAGGGAGACGUCAAGAAGAAGGGGAAACACGACCCGUACGCGUACAUACCGCUGUCCAGGAAGAAUCUUAACAAGAGAACAAAAGCGAUCACAUCGAAGCAGUUUAAAGGCAUAGUCAAAGCGAAGAAUAGAGGGGUUAAAUCGAAGCCUAAGGGAAAGAGGAAGUAACUUAGAUGCAUAUGCUUAGUACAAUUAUCUUUAUAGGAACUAUAAAGAACCUUAUUAUUAAUUCACUAAGGUAUAAAAUAAAGUGUACUUGAUAUUUUCCUUAUUGACUACCUUUUUCCAAGUUUUAGUAUUGAAAUUACAGAAUAUAUAUAGAAUGCAUUGAAAAAAAAAAAACAAUAUUUUGAUUUAAAAAUAUAUAUAUAUAUAUUUUAAACAAAAGAACAUUUGAAGAACUGCCAUUUUCAACCAAAAGGGUACUUAUUGUCGCUUGUCAGUAAGGCGCUAUUUCCAUAUAGCUUCAAUUAGAAAUCAACCUUAUCGACAAGCGACAAUGUGGUACCUUUUGAUUGAAAACGUCACGAUAAGAUGUAUCUUUCUUACAGAAUAAUAUGCAAGUGAUGUAAUUUUCUGCAUAAUUAGAGACAGCAUUAAAUAAUCAAUUGUAAACCUUUAUGUAAGGUGAUAAGAUUUAUUAUUGCGGUUAUAUUGACACGGAAUAAAACAGCUUAUAAUCUUUAUAUGCCUAAUUUGAAACUUUG